AUGCCCAUAAAUUCGCCAUAUCGUCCGUCCGUCUCUCCCAUCUCAUCACCACUGCGCAUUCAUUUGAACUCGAUCUCGCCUCUUAUCACCGCCACGAAUUCAUUUAACCUCCAUCUCGACUCCUACCAACGCAACGUCGACCUUCUCUUCGUAGCUCUUGCCCCCAUUUUCUCUUCACCAACCACCAAUCAAGACGAACUACAUCUCCAAACUGCGAUACCAUUCUUCUACUAUACCAUCAACCGCGAACAACAAGCACUUUGCACAAAAAUGAAUCUCCUCCUUGUCACCACCGCCCUCCUCCUCUCCUUCACCAAACCUGCCCUCUGCUCCCUCGAGCGCCUCGCCCACCUCCCCGAGUGCACCGCUUCAACCGCCGGCCUUACCCUCUGCGGCGCAGCACCCAGCUACAUCAACGACGUCUUCCAGUGCAACAACCACACCCUCCGCUGGGACCUCGUCCACACAUGCACCUCGCCAAACGCCCCUUGCUCAAACGCCAUAUGCACGCCUCUCAUGGACCGCUGCGAAGAAUCAGCCACCCAAUGCGCGACACUGCACUCCCAUGGCUAUGACGGCGUCGCCGUGUGCCGGGCUGGUAAAUGGGAGAUUAGGGAUUCGUGUGCGUGUACUAUGGAUGGGGCGAGCGGAGCCCGGUGUGUGGCUCCUCAGGGUGGUAAUGCGGAAGACAUGGCGAGGCCGAGGGCGUGCAAGAAGGGAGACCUUGUUUGUUUGGCGGAGAAUACCGAGGGCAAGGAUGGGAGCGUGUUUCGGUGUAAUCAGUACGGGAUGUGGAGGAUUGUGCAGAAUUGCUCCAAGUGGGAGAGGUGUGUUGACGAGCCUACGCCGCAUUGUCAGUGGUAUUGA